UUCAAGUCAACACAAUGGCGGCGGUCAAGAGGAAAGACGCCUCUCGAGUGAAAGAAGUUGAUAGAGAUGUAAAAAAUAAGUUCCGAUGGGAUUGGAUGGAAGGAGAAAUCGUCGAUACAGUGGGAAAGAAGGAAGUUGCCACUCUGUUAAGCGACUUCAUUCGCCAAAUCGAUCGACCUGGUCAAGCAUCGUGCACGUGAGGUCAGGAUACUUUUGACUAUGGAUCAAGAACUUUCAAGGCAUUGGAAGUCCACGUCAAACAACUGGAAGCAACGACAACGAACUUUUCCAUGGCCGCUACAUUCGGAUGUCAACCCAAGGCCGACAAACCUUCCGGACUUCAUCCCUUGUUUACUUCCACUACUUCCGGUAUUGAGAGGCAACAUCCACCGAAACGGACAGGAAGAAGAAGAAAAAGAACACACGUCGGUCCUCCGAGACAGAUCCCACAUCGACGAGACGCUUCGAUUUGCCACCGAGGAAAAAGCGGCCGACUACGCGGCGGCUGUGCAGAGGUUGCGGAAGAUCUACCACUCCUCCAUCAAGCCCAUGGAGCAGGCCUACAAGUACAACGAGCUGAGGCAGCACGAGAUCUCGGAUGGAGAAAUCACAUCCAAACCCAUGGUUCUGUUCCUGGGACCCUGGAGUGUGGGAAAGUCCUCCAUGAUUAAUUACCUCCUGGGCUUGAAUGACAGCCCCUAUCAGCUCUACACAGGAGCCGAGCCGACGACCUCUGAGUUCACGGUCAUAAUGCACGGCGAAAAGAUCCGCUCGGUGGAGGGCAUCGUGAUGGCGGCGGACAGCUCGCGGUCCUUCUCCCCGCUGGAGAAAUUUGGGCAAAACUUCCUGGAAAAGUUGAUUGGCAUCGAGAUGCCCCACAAGCUCCUGGAACGGGUGACUUUUGUGGACACGCCGGGAAUCAUCGAGAACCGCAAGCAGCAGGAGCGAGGCUACCCCUUCAACGAUGUUUGCCAGUGGUUCAUCGACCGCGCAGAUCUGAUCUUUGUGGUCUUCGAUCCCACCAAGCUGGACGUCGGUCUGGAGCUGGAGAUGCUUUUCCGUCAACUGAAGGGCCGCGAGUCGCAGAUCCGCAUCAUCCUCAACAAGGCCGACAACCUGGCCACCCAGGACCUGAUGCGGGUGUACGGGGCGCUCUUCUGGAGCUUGGCGCCGCUCAUCAACGUGACGGAGCCUCCCCGCGUCUACGUCAGCUCGUUCUGGCCCUACGACUACGCUCCGGACACGAGCCGCGAGCUUUUCAAGCGGGAGGAGAUCUCCCUGCUGGAAGAUCUCAACCAGGUGAUUGAAAACCGCAUGGAGAACAAGAUCGCGUUCAUCCGCCAGCACGGCAUCCGCGUUCGCAUCCACGGCCUCCUGGUGGACCGCUACGUUCAGACCUUCAAGGAGAAGAUGAGCUUCUUCAGCGACCCGGAACUCGUUUUCAAGGAGAUUGUGGACGAGCCGGACAAGUUCUACAUCUUCAAAUCCAUCCUGGCCAAGACCAACGUCAGCAAGUUUGAUCUCCCCAACCGCGACGCCUACCGUGACUUCUUCGGAAUCAACGCAAUCACCAACUUCAAACCGCUGUCAUCGCAGUGCUCCUACAUUGGAGGCUGUCUCCUGGAGAAGAUCGAGAAGGCCAUCACCAACGAGCUGCCCGGUCUCCUGAGCAGCAUCAACUCGGGCAAACAUCCCGGCCUUUCUUCCUGCGAGGCGACGGGGUGCGGGGAGAAGCCCAAAAACCGCUACCGCAAGAACUGAGAUGAAGCACGACACUUUGGGCAGGGGGAGGGAGGAAGGACGUAGGGUGAUGGAGGAGGAGGUGGGGGGGGGGGGGGGGGGAAAGAGGGUUCUGCGACAGGUCCAACCCCGAUUCAGAAGGCCUGCGGUAACGAGGAGAUGAAAGAAAACGGAUAUUAGAGCUUUAUUCUCCUCAGGAGACCGUGGGAGAUACCAUUUUUAGGGACUGUGGGUAGAGGCGGAUAGCGGGAGGGGCGGGUCAUUGUCUGAAGAAGGCAGCUUAACAAUUCAAGUGCUGAUGAGUUGAAAUAUUGGACUGUCUGGCGUUUUUGAGGUAUUUGGGGGAAGGACUGAUGCCGAGAAACGGUGCGUGGGGGGGGAGACAGCCAGUCCAAUAUCGGCCCACUUGUAUGCGAAUAAAACAGGAAGUGGAAAGAGGUGGUGUCACUUUUUGUUGAAAGAUCCUGGGGGAAAAACAGCCGUGCAAUGGGUCAAUUCCAAAAUGCUUCAGACAUUGAAGCAACCGUUUUGUGGGUGCUACGCGGGCUUCAGCAGCAGCAGCAGUAGUAGUAGUAGUGGUGGUACUAGUAGACUUAACUGCAAAUAACCUUGCAUGUCAUUAUUGGCCCAUCUUAACUUUUUUUGUGUGCAUGCGUAGACCAUCCCAGAAACUCAAGAGUAUUUCCUAACCUACCGGGCGGCGGACGAGGGCAGCCGCUCGAAAGCAGAGCUCAAGGGUCAUCAGAGUCUUCAGGGUGGGCUUGUUUUUUGUUUGUUUGUUUGAAACCUGGUCUUACUGCAUUUGUAUUGCUGUCAAUUUGCCAGUCCAAAUGAUCUGCUUCAAUAAUGUAUUUGGACUGAUUUCCUUCAUCGAUAAGCUUCCCAGCUUGGUUUUGUUUUGUUUUUUUCCGAGCCGAAUGACCACAAAGAACCACACCUGAAGGAUGUGUUUAGCUCCAUUUUUCUUUUCUUUUUUGCUUGUGCCAAUCUAUUUAUUCUUCCGUGCGUGUGUGGACCUUCCAAACGGGCAUUGUUUAUUCGACUCCCUGCCUCUCCGGGGCUGCGGGCCAAGAGGUUUGGAAAGGGCAAAGUGGAAGACUCGCGAGUUGAUCCCCGAUCUCUGCAGACCGUCCCGAGUCCGGCCACGAGUUCUCACACAAAGCUACCUCGCUCACCUACUUCCGGUCUUGUUGUGACCGCGUGAGGCGCGAGAGUUCCCGGGCCCAGCGGAAGAAAUAGUCUGGAGUUCAGUUUCCGACCUUCCGAAUAAGAAGUGGUGCAGGUGAAGCGGGCGAUUUUCAAAUUGCCAGUAUGUGGUGAACUUUCAUAGACGUCCGGCAAUCAGAUAUGUUGCACAUUUCGAUCUGAAUCAAAUUAGGCCCGAUGAUCAGGAUUGAGAUGGGAAGUGGUCCAGGUAAGUGGAAGACGCGUUUACCCCCAACGUACAACAAUCGCCCAAGAUCGGGACUGGGGAGUCUACGGCCCGUGAGCCAUUUUGGGCCCGCUUCGAGAGCAUUUGAUGCAACUCUUAAAACAACUGGAACCUCAAAGCCCCGCUGAUCAGAAACUUCCCCAGCUCUGGGUCGGAUGGUUGCUAAUCCAAUGCCGGGCAGCCGCCGCCUCUUCCCUCACUAACCGACCCAACCCAACCCAACGGAGUUGCUCCAUCUAAACUUUUUCCUUCUUUCUUGAGCGUGUUUGACGGGGAUGUGUUGUUUAUUUACACUGCAGUUCCAGAAAUGUCCACUAGAGAAUGCUGUGUAUCAGUGAAAGAAACAAGAAGAAGAACCCCUUUCAUGCAUACAAACUCUUCAAGGCGAUAAUGAUGUGUGAUUGUUGUCUCUUGGGUGAAUAUUGUUCAGGACCUUUAAUUGACCUGUGAAAUUUCAUCUGGAAUGCACUUGUGUCCCUCCAUUUUGUCUUGGUGUCAAAUUCUCAAAUUAAGGCAUUUGGAAGCUUGAUCGACAAAAAUAAAGGUUUCUGAUU